AUGGAGGUUGUGGAUGAGCGUCGACUCGGUCUUUGGCCGACCACAUCGUCGUCUCUGUGGCACAGUAAGCCCAUGCAGAGGAAAAAGAAGAGCACGCAUGCCGGCGCCCUCUACCACGCCGCCCUUUCAGCUACUCUGGCUCAUAGCGAUGGUGAAGGCGUCGUUGCGACAUCCCAAACUAACAUUGCCUCCAUCUUCAACCGUCUCGACCUCCAGUCAUACAUCGGCACGGCCUAUGUCCUUGGCUCCACCGUCUUUCUCCCUAUCAGCGCUUCCAUUGCAGAUGUCUGGGGACGAUACUGGGCCAUGCAGGCCUUUGUCUUCUUCUUCCUCAUCGGCUCAGCCAUUUGCACUGGCGCCAGCAGUAUGCCCGUCCUUCUUGUCGGUCGAGGAAUCUCCGGAAUUGGUGCCGCUGGGUUACUUGCGAUUGUCCGCAUCCUACUCGCGGACUCGGCCUCUUUGGACGACAAUAAUGCCCAAGCAGCACUUAUGAUUCUCGCGUACACCAUUGGGUAUUCUUUGGGGCCAGUUGUGGGUGGCCUUUUACUACGAACUUCCUGGCGUUGGGUCUUUGGUAUCAAUCUUCCGGUCUGCAUUGCUUCAAUGAUCCUGAUGCACAUCAUCCUUCCAAAACGCUCAAAGGGACCUCAACCUCCUCAGCGUCUCAAGCGCCUGCCACCUCAGAUUGCGGAUUCGAUCCAAUCACAAGUUGGUACUGGCUUCUGGAGUGGUGUUCAGCGCAUCGACAUUGUCGGUUCGCUCCUCUUUGUUGCCCUUGGUAUCCUCAUACUCCUCGGCCUCAACUGGGGGAGUACUGAAGGCUGGAACCAAGUCAAGGUCAUCGUUCCCUUGGCCGUAGGUGGUUUCCUCAUCAUCAUAUUCGUCAUUUGGGAGUACAUUGUCGACCAUUCCACCGACCAUCUCGUCCAAGAAUCUGGUGGCCGAUACAAUAGUGAUGACGACGAGAUGGAAGCACAGAAACAGACCAAAAGGGCCGGAAAUCCUGGUACUCGUGCUCGUGCAGCAAGGUUUGCACCAGAGUUUGUUCGCGUGACAGACCCAAUGCUGCCCAUGAACAUGUUCCGCUCCUUCGACGUCGUUGCAACCGAUUUUGCAAGUAUGACGAGUGGCAUGGUCAUGCUUGGCAUCUUCUACUUUGUCGCCAUCUUCUACGUGAUCGUCAGCGGGAAAGAUGCCGUCAGUGCGGGUGUUCAGUUACUCUACUUUGCUCCCGGAUUGGGUCUCGGUGUUAUGAUUGCAAUGCGUCUCAUCAAGAUUAUCCGACAACCUCGCCCAGUCAUUCUCUUUGCCAGCGCCAUCCUCCCAAUUGGGGUCGGUCUUCUUUCCAAAGCACUUUACGAGAACAACCAGCCACAGAGUAUCGGCUUCUUGAUUAUGACUGGUGCUGGUGUUGGACUUGGCUUUGGGCCGCUCUCUUAUCAGGCACGAUUCAGUCAACCUGAGGAUCGCGUGGCUAUCGUCGUCGCCUCGAAUCUCUUCUUCCGCACGGCAGGCGGUACGAUUGGUCUUGCACAACUCUAUGCAGUCAUGUACUCCCGCGUACGAUCCUACAUCUACAACCAAGUCUACGCAGGACAUAUCACCCCGCAAGAUGCAAUGACGAUCAGUGCCUCGCUCAAUAACGUCGGCUCUUCGCACGGUGGCGGAAGUGGAGGUGGUAUUCUUGAUUUACCAGAGGCGUUGAGAAAUGUCGCCACGAACGCGUUUAGGGACGGCCUCAGAUGGGCGUUCAUCAGCUUGAUCCCCUGGUUGGUCGUCUCGUUUGUUCUUUGCCUCUUCCUCUCGCGUAUUCCCGACGAGAGGCUGAAUCAAAAGCCUGUCGGAACGCAGACGCAGUCUUCAGAGCUGCAGCCAAUACACGAGAUGGAACAGGCCCAGCCUUCGAAAAACCACGCCUAG